UUCUCCAGAACCUCCUCUUUCCAGCAAAGAAUCCAAAGCUACUGUAUACACCAAAUAUACAUAUAUAUAUAUAUAUGUAAGCACAACUAUAUAUAUAUAUAGAGGGAGCUAGUAUCAUAACAACAACUAGCUUUAGAUCCUCUAUAGAGAGAGAGAGAGAGAGAGAUGGGGAAGGCACGUACAGUUGGGAUUGGGAUGGACUAUUCAGCAACUAGCAAAUCAGCCCUUCGAUGGGCAAUUGAUAAUCUGAUUGAAGCCGGAGAUCAAAUGAUCAUAAUCCAUGUUCGGUCACCAAAAUCUGAUCCCACCAAUAAGCAGCUCUUCGCCGAUACUGGAUCACCUUUGAUACCUCUUGAAGAAUUCAAAGAGGCUAAUGUGUCUAAGCAAUAUGGACUUACCCCUGAUCCCGAGGUUCUUGAUUUGCUUGAUACCGUCUCCAAGACCAAAGGGGCUAAAGUGGUGGCCAAGAUUUACUGGGGGGAUCCAAGGGAGAAGCUGUGUGAUGCUGUGGAACAUCUCAAGCUUGAUUCACUUGUGGUUGGAAGCAGAGGCUUAGGGAUUAUUAAAAGGGUGUUGCUAGGGAGUGUGAGCAACUACGUGGUGACAAAUGCAACAUGCCCAGUCACGGUUGUGAAGGGGACACCAUUGCCCAAGCCUUAGUUUCAUGGUUGAUGUGCUUCCAAAGAGAGGAAUGCGAUAUAACACAAAGAAGCUAUGCCAUGUGGUUAAGCUGAUUGAAAAACAAUAUUUUGUGUGUAAUAUUUUGUCUCUCGUUCGUAUGAGAUAAAAAGACUAUAAUGAUUCGGGUUUAAUUUGUGCUAUUUUAUAAUCCUUUAUUGACAUUUGAAUUUAUGUUUUGUGUCAA